GUUCCAGUGCCACCACAUCAGCUGAUCCUGUACGACAAGUCAGGACGAGACGUGUCUGGAGUAGUCGGCCCUUUAGAAGAGGGUAACGAGCUGGUGCUGGUUUGCGAAGUCAGAGGAGGUCGUCCAGCACCAACAGUGAUGUGGCUCAUAAACGGGACCCCAGCGUCCCAGUACAUCGGUGAGAAGACUGACACCCACGUCGUGGUCAACCGGCUGGAGUUGCCACACGUGAAAAGAAGCCAUUUAAACACUACCUUCAAGUGUAGAGCCUCAAAUACUAAUCUAGUCAGCCCGCAGGAGAAGACUGUUAGGCUGGAAAUGAAUUUAAGACCAACCCUAGUAGAAAUAUUAAACAAACCAGCAACACUGUCUUCAGAGAGGUACAUCAGCCUCACGUGCGUCUCCGAAGGCAGUAGACCACCAGCUCAGCUCACGUGGUACAAAGAAAACAGAAAAUUUAAGAGAGGAAAGAUAACCGAAAGCAUGAACGAGACGUGGGUGAGCAGUAACCUCCAGUUCAUGCCUCUGCCGGAGGACGACGGCGUGCAAGUCAAGUGCCAAGCCGACAACAGCGCGCUGCCCGGACAGAGCAUCGAGGAUGCCUUCAAGCUGGACGUUGUGUAUCCGCCGGUGGUGUCACUGUCCCUCGGCAGCACCCUCAACCCCCACGACAUCAAGGAGGGCGAUGACGUGUACUUCGAGUGCUCGGUACGCGCCAACCCCAGGGAACACCGCAUCUCCUGGUACCAUAACGACAAGCCAGUUCUCCACAACGUGUUGGCAGGCAUCAUCGUCAGUACAAAGUCCCUGGUGCUACAGAAGGUGACAAGAGACCACGGAGGAGAGUAUUCCUGCAGGGCCACCAACGCCCUUGGAGAGACUGCCAGUGAAACCACGCAUUUGAGCAUACAAUAUGCCCCAGUGUGCGCCCACAUAUCCCCUCAAGUCCUUGGCGCACAGAUAGAAGAAGCGCUGCGCGUGCGCUGCUCGGUAACAGCCAACCCGCCAGAUGUGACGUUUUUCUGGCAGUUCAAUAAUAGCGGGGAGAGCCUGGACGUCUCUCCUACGAAGUUUGGUACCGCAAACGGCAGCACCAGUGAGUUGAGCUACAAACCGCAGAGCGAGCGAGACUACGGCACUCUGAGCUGCCGAGGGACCAACUCGGUGGGCCGACAACUGGAGCCUUGCGUCUUCCAGAUCGUUCCAGCAGCCAGGCCCACAGCUCCCCGGAACUGCUCCCUCCAAGCGGGCAACAACAGCAUAGAGGGCGCUGGUUGGCUGCGCGUGCGCUGCGUGGCUGGCUACGACGGCGGUCUUCCGCAGACGUUCAUACUGGAGGCACUGGACCCCAUCACUGGGAAGACGCGCUUCAAUGGGAGUGUCAAUGAUACGGAUGGCGUAGCCACCUUCAAACUGGAUCUGGCUCAACUGUCAUCGGUGGGAGACGGAGACAGUACCACUUUCAACCUGCUCAUCUACGCCAGGAAUCUUAAAGGAGAAUCUGAGAAGACACUGCUCGAGAAUAUUGCUUUCAAUGAUGCUGCUAGAAGAACAGACGGCAAAGGUGCCAUUGGUGGCAUCACCCUGGGUGUGGUCGUAGCAGCGAUUCUUGGGGCAGUUCUUGCAGCAGGGGGCAUUGCCUUAGCAGCACUUUGUGCAAGAAGACGACGCUCCCAGCCGCCACAUAAGCACCCCCCAGGGGAUAUGCUGGAGCUGAGCGAUGGGGGGAGAAGAUACGUAGUGGCCUACACCAUCAAACCCUCGCCCGAUUUGAAAACGCCGGAUCCUCAGCCUGAUAUACUGAAUGCACCAGAUGCUGACAAUCAAACGGUACAGCCAUUGUCGGUGGAAGCUGAAGAGUGGCCUAGUAUAAAAGAAGUAAGAGGAGACUGGACUAAAACUGGAGCAGUAUUUUCAGCAGAAGAUUUAGCUCUACUUGACUCUACUGGACGGCCUCAACAGCUCACACCAGGCAGUGACAUAGAGCCAAGCAGUAGGCAAGAAGACGUUCUAAAUCAGAAUAUGAACACCCUAGGAAAUAAUUUUAGGCCUAACUACGCUAUGAGCAACAGCCCCACAUUAGGGAGUCCCAAUUUUGUCUGUCCCAAUGGAAAUGUAGGGACUUUUGGAAGUCAGAACCUAACUCUAAGUGGACCCACGUUAAGUUCUGGGAGUAUUGCAACUUCUACGCUACACAGAACUAAGGGUAAAGGUAAUGCUAGAAGAAGAGAGCAUGUUCUUGCAGAAAAUUUACCAGGACCUGAAAGUUGUGUGUGAAAAUUACACUCACCCAAUUCCUUUGCAACAGGAUAACUAAAAAGAUGUUCCGAUGUACAUUUUUGUAUGCGCCUAGCGAAUUUUUUAAACAAUUUUACAAAAAAGAGGUCCACAGUUAUAGGAGUAUGGACUUAAGAACAAUUACUGCUUAAUAAUGAUUAAUGAGAUAAAUUCUUUAUAAAAUACAACAUAAUAUUAAUGUUGUGUAUCUUGGAUUGUAUUUCCCGCCUUUGUGUAUGACAUUAGUAACCGUGAUAGAAUAAUUUUAGUAAUUAUUAUUAUUCAAUCUACGAAUCUUGAUUUGUCGGUCUAAUCUUUGCUCAAAAGACUGUAAAUAUUUUAUAGGGAAUCGUAUUUUUUCAAAGAGUGUCCAGUCUCAUAAAUAAAUUAUUAUUUCAGCUAACCAAAACUGCUAGAGUGACCCUCUUGUCUCAAUAGUAAAUUGUAAAUGUACUUUGUAAAUUGUAUGCGAAGCUUUGUAGAAAUUCCUAUUUGUUUUUAAAAAAAAUCGGUUGUGUAACUGUACAUAUAAAUAGAUCUAUAACCAAAGAUGUAUAGUUGGUCGUAAGAUGGUAGUGUAAGGCUUUUGUUGUCUUUGUUUAUGUGGAAGAAUGUAUAGGUCAUGUAAAUACUCAUUACUAUAAAUGUAUAGGAGACAAUUUUAGAAACACACAUUGAUAUAUUAUGGCGUCGGCUUAAACGUUUACUCGUGAACUUUUAUGACUGGUGAUGUAAAAAUAAAAUAUUGUUUCUAAAAUUGUGUGUCUAUAGGUAGUGCCAUUUUAUAUUUAAAACUGUAAAUGUUUCCAUUUUGUGUUAAUUC